ACAAAUUGGGAAUAGCGGUUUAGUGUACGUGCACGCUCUGAGUCCUCCUAAAGCAAGAUAGGCUUUGCGGACACGAUAGUCAGUCUUAUUAGAAAGAGAAAUAGCCAGCCACGUGUCCUUUUUUACAAUCAAGAACUGAAUCCUCCAGUUAAAGGUCCCCGUUAAUCUACUUAUCUGAUUUUCUCUCACCUUCGACAUACUCCUCCGGUCUCCGUCUCCUUUACCAGCCGUCUGCCCGCAACCACCGACGAGUAGGAUUAGCUGCCGACCCCCUCGUCCAGUUUCAGCUGUCCAUGACUAUGGCUUCUGUUAAUGGUCAUCCGACACCUGCCGGGAUGUUAUCCUUGUCUCAUCCCUUGAGUUCCAGUUAUCACAAGGUUUAUGUAUCAGUAAUUAGCAUUUCAAGGAUGAAGGAGUCUCGUAUACGGAGUCGACAAAGGCGUAAAACUAGGGCAUUAACACUUUCAGCUUUGGUGGAGGCAAAUCCUCGAACUUUGCCUUCUCUCAGUGAAGGGACUAGUAGGAGCAUUACCAAAAUUAAUGAUGCAACACAAUCUGCUGCUGCAAGUGGGGUUACUGAUUCUGAUAGGAGGAAGAAUCUUGCCGAUGAUAUGCAAGCUGAAGCAAGGGCCAUGACCAGAGCUGCCACCGCUUCUGUCUACACUCCUGAGAUGGUUGCUACUAAAUAUGGCUCACGUCCUUUCAUGGUCUUGCGUAGGACCUUUGAUAUUUUGUUCGGUUUGGGUUCUUUUGCUUUCAAACUGUUGCUGGAUAAAUGGGAUGGCCAGCUCAAUCAGAAUAAAUCCUUGAGAGCAGUCCAGCUGAGGAAGAUUUUCACUGCUCUUGGACCUACUUUUGUCAAAAUUGGCCAGGGUUUGUCGACAAGGCCUGAUCUGUGCCCACCUGAGUACCUUGAGGAACUCUCUCAGCUGCAGGAUGCUUUGCCUACGUUUCCAAAUGCGGAGGCAUUCUCAUGCAUUGAGAAACAGCUGGAUUUCCCACUUGAGGACAUAUAUUCAUCUAUAUCUCCAAGUCCUAUUGCAGCUGCUAGUUUGGGUCAGGUUUAUAAAGCUCAAUUGAAGUAUUCUGGUCAGACGGUUGCUGUGAAGGUGCAGAGGCCUGGUAUUGAAGAGGCCAUAGGGCUUGAUUUUUACUUGAUAAGAGGACUGGCCCUUUUUAUAAAUAAAAAUGUUGACUUAAUCACAAGUGAUGUUGUUGCCCUAGUUGAUGAAUUUGCCAGAAGAGUUUAUCAAGAGCUAAAUUAUGUACAGGAGGGUAAGAAUGCUAGAAGAUUUAAGAAAUUAUAUGCUGACAAGGAAGAUGUUUUUGUUCCUGAUAUCUUCUGGGAUUAUACCAGUGCCAAAGUCUUAACAAUGGAGUGGGUUGAUGGUGUCAAGCUAAAUGAACAAGUAACAAUUGAGAGACAAGGGCUGAAGGUGUUGGAUCUUGUUACCAUUGGUAUCCAGUGUAGCCUUAGACAAUUACUUGAGUAUGGAUACUUUCAUGCAGAUCCACAUCCUGGCAAUCUUCUGGCAACUCCUGAGGGGAAGCUGGCAUUCAUUGACUUUGGAAUGAUGAGUGAAACCCCAGAGCAAGCAAGGUUUGCUAUUAUUGGUCAUGUCGUCCAUAUGGUUAAUCGUGAUUAUGAAGCCAUGGCUCAAGAUUAUUAUGAACUGGAUUUUUUAUCCCCUGAUGUGGAUGUUUCUCCAAUUGUGCCUGUACUUCGGGAUUUCUUUGAUGAUGCACUCAGUUCAACUGUUAGUGAACUUAACUUCAAAACGCUUGUAGAUGGUCUGGGGGCCGUCUUUUAUCAAUAUCCAUUUAAUGUUCCAGCAUAUUAUGCAUUGAUACUGAGGUCGCUUACUGUGCUGGAAGGUUUAGCACUUUAUGCCGACCCAAAUUUUAAGGUUCUGGCUGCUUCUUAUCCGUAUUUUGCUAAGCGGCUUCUUACUGAUCCUAAUCCAUAUCUGCGAGAUGCUCUUAUUGAGUUGCUGUUUAAGGAUGGGAAAUUCAGGUGGAAUAGACUUGAGAACCUACUUGUUCAGGGGAGUAAAGACAGGGAUUUUUCUGCAAAAGAUGCGUUACAACCUGUGCUGAAGCUAUUGUUGGGGCCGGAUGGUGAAGAGCUAAGGAUUCUAGUUACAAGAGAAGCUGUGCGAGUUACUGAAGCAGUAGUCGUUGGUUCUUUGAUGGAUACAUAUAGUUCUCUACCUGAUUUCAUGAGGACUCUAGUAACAAGUGGUAGUCCGACGGGACCUUUCUUAUUAAAGGAAGCUGAACAGAAAAAUAUGUUGGAACUCCGAGGACAAGUGCUAAGGGUUUGGGGGCUUCUUCAGUCUUCAAAUAACUUUGAUCCUUCCCUACUGCAACCUAUAUUACAGGUUCUUCAACAAGGAGAAGCACGUGAUCUUGGAGGCCGUGUUCUUGGUGGCAUUGCUCAGCGUCUGGCAGCACGUUUUCUGCAGCAAAUCUUACAGGCCCCAACUUCUGCUUCAAGCCUUCAAGUGUAGAAGAAAGCAACAGUAUCACAAGGAUUCACAAUCAUAGUAAGGGGAACAAAAGGCUGGAUUACCUUGGCGGAAUACUCUACACGGGCGAGCAUGUGUGUUCUUGUAUUUAUAGGUACUUGUAAAUUUGUAAAUUUGAUAUAUAUUUGAUGUCAUGCUUGCAUGUAAAGAAAGGAGGAAAUGGUUAUUGAUGUACUCGUACCGUCGUACUAUGUUUAGGCCCAUAACGUUUAAGUACUUGUAUAAGGUGUUGUUCACUAUUGGCUAAAUUUUACAUGCUUCUAUGAGCGGAAACAUGCGAUGCAGUCUUUCUUGAUACACAAAUUCUUAUUUACAA